UAUAACUUUCCCUCUCCUUCAGAUGGCCUCAAUGAUUUCAUCAAUGUCUAGCGUAAAAAGCUAUGGCUUUCCCCCAGGCGUGGGUGUCUCCGGAAUUGCUAGGAUUUCACCCAUCUUUGGGAUUCCUAAAGUUUCUACAAAGAAAACUAAAACCGCGACUGUGAACGUAGCCACCGAUCUGCCAGGGAUUCAAUCACCACUUGAGAAAGAAACGGUAGAGCACCGAAAACUAGUGGCAUGGACUAGUGUCCGGCAAGAGAGGUGGGAAGGCGAGCUAGUUGUUGAAGGAGAAAUACCUAAGUGGCUGAGUGGAACGUACUUGAGAAACGGACCAGGGCUAUGGCACGUCGGCGACUACGAUUUCCGCCACCUCUUUGAUGGCUACGCCACCCUAGUCGGCCUCCACUUCAACAACGGUCACCUCACUAUGGGUCAUCGGCAAAUCGAAUCUGAAGCCUAUAAAGCAGCAAAAAAUAGCAACAAACUGUGUUACCGAGAGUUUUCUGAAGUCCCUAAGCACGACAAUUUCCUAGCAUACAUCGGCGACCUAGCCAACCUAUUUUCCGGUGCCUCUUUGACGGAUAAUGCCAACACCGGCGUGGUUAAAUUAGCGGACGGCAGGGUGGUUUGUUUAACGGAAACCAUUAAAGGGUCGAUCGUGGUCGAUCCAAAUACGUUGGAUACGUUAGAGAAGUUUGAAUACACCGAUUCUUGGGGUGGAUUGAUUCACUCGGCUCACCCCAUAGUGACUGACUCAGAAUUCAUAACGUUGUUGCCGGAUCUGAUAAACCCUGGUUAUAUGGUGGCAAGAAUGGAUCCGGGUACAAAUGAAAGAAAGGUGAUUGGUAGGGUUGAUUGUCGCGGUGGGCCGUCUCCGGGAUGGGUACACUCUUUUCCGGUGACUGAACAUUAUGUGAUUGUGCCGGAGAUGCCAUUGAGGUAUUGUGCCCAGAAUUUGUUGAAGGCGGAACCUACACCAUUGUAUAAGUUCAGAUGGUAUCCUGAAUCUAAAGGAUUUAUGCAUGUUAUGUGCAAAGCUAGCGGGAAAAUUGUGGCAAGCGUGGAGGUUCCUUUGUUUGUGACAUUUCAUUUCAUCAAUGCAUACGAAGAGAAAGAUGAAGAUGGAAGGAUUACCGGAGUCAUCGCCGAUUGCUGUGAGCAUCAUGCCGACACCACAAUCCUAGACAAUCUCCGCCUUCAGAACCUCCGUUCAUGGUCCGGGGAAGACGUCCUACCAGAUGCUAGGGUUGGGCGAUUUAGGAUACCAAUGGAUGGAAGUAAAAAAGGAGAGUUAUUUGCAGCACUAAAUGCAGAUGAACAUGGAAGAGGAAUGGAUAUGUGCAGUAUUAAUCCUUCCUUUUUAGGGAAGCCCUAUCGAUAUGUGUAUGCCUGUGGUGCUCAACGUCCUUGUAACUUCCCCAACACCCUCACGAAGAUCGACUUGGUGGAUGGAAAGGCAAAAAAUUGGUACGAUGAGGGUGCAGUUCCCUCCGAGCCAUAUUUUGUGGCUCGCCCUGGUGCAGUCGAGGAAGAUGAUGGAGUGGUAAUAUCAAUGAUAAGCGAUAAAAAUGGGGAAGGAUAUGCAUUAAUAUUAGAUGGAUCAACCUUUGAAGAAAUAGCAAGAGCAAAGUUUCCUUAUGGGCUGCCAUAUGGACUUCAUGGAUGUUGGGUUCCCAAGAAUUAGGACUAAAAUAUUGUUUUCAAACUCUAAGUAGGUACAUUAGUUUAUUUAUUCAUGAAUAUGUGUGAGUAUGAGAUUGUUAUGUAGUUAAAACACAUGAUUUUAGGUAUAGAUCUUCUAAUAGUAUAUCAUUAAAAAAAUAUCUUGGGGUUCUGAUGCUAAUUGAUCUUCCUGGGCUCUUGGAAUGAAUCACCUUAGUCAGAUUGAGAUAGUACCAAAAGAAAAAACAAGAAGGGUUAGGAGUAUUAUUGGGGUGUCCAACAUAAUACUCUUUGAUGCUUAAGUUGGGGGUUCAAGACUUUGUGUAUAUGGAGAGAGAGAGAGAGAGAGAGAGA